AUGACGGCGGCGAUGGCGUGGCCACCAGAGGAUGGGGAGCAGGAGGACGAGGACGAGGAGGAGGCCGAAGGCAGCGGCGAAGACCUCCCCCGCCGCCCCUACCGCUGCGGCGAGUGCGGCAAGGCCUUCGCCCAGAGCUCCAACCUCCUGAAGCACCGGCGGGUGCACACGGGCGAGCGGCCCUACCGCUGCGGCGAGUGCGGCAAGGCCUUCGGCUGGAGCUCCUCCCUCCUGGAGCACCGCAAAGGCCACGCCGGCGCCAAGCCCCACGCCUGCGGCGAGUGCGGCAAAGCCUUCAGCCGCGGCUCCACCCUCCUGGAGCACCAACGCACCCACACCGGCGAGAAACCCUACCGGUGCGGGCAGUGCGGCGCCCGUUUCAGCCAGAGCUCCACCUUGGUCCACCACCGGCGCACCCACACCGGCGAGCGGCCCUACGGCUGCCCCGAGUGCGGGAGGGCCUUCGGGCGCAAGUCCACCUUGGCCACCCACCGGCGGACCCACACCGGCGAGCGGCCGUACGAGUGCCCCGAGUGCGGCAAAGCCUUCGGGCAGAGCUCCAAGCUCCUCCGGCACCAGGUGACCCACACCGGCGAGAAGCCCUACAAGUGCCCCGAGUGCGGCAAGAUCUUCAGCCAGAGCUCCAACCUGGCCGAGCACCGGCGGACCCACGGCGCCGCCCGGCGCCACUUCUGCCCGCUCUGCGGCAAGGGCUUCGCCCUCGGGUCCUACCUGGCCAAGCACCGGCUGACCCACACCAGCGAGCGGCCCUACCGCUGCACCGAGUGCGGCAAGAGCUUCCGGCAGAGCUCCAACCUCAUCCAGCACCAGCGCACCCACACCGGCGAGCGGCCCUACACCUGCGGGCUCUGCGGCAAGAGCUUCUGCCAAAACUCCCACCUGGCCAAGCACCGGCGCACCCACACCAGCGAGCGGCCCUACCACUGCGGGGACUGCGGCAAGAGCUUCCGGCAGAGCGCCAACCUCCUGGAGCACCGGCACACCCACACCGGCGAGCGGCCCUACCGCUGCGGCCAGUGCGGGAAGACCUUCGGGUGGAGCUCGGCCUUCAGCAAGCACCAGCGCACCCACCUGGCAACCAUCUCAAGAACUUCCAGGUCCAUCAAGGUGGCCCAAAGUCAUGGCUUCGUCUAUGUUAUGGUGGCCCAGAGUCAUGGUUUUGUCUUGGAGAACCAUCUCAAGAACUUCCAGGAAGCGCCGCUCGCCCGCCACCAUUGUCCGGGCCGGGAAAAAACGACCCCGUUUUGGGUGAAAAAACGCCCGGAUUGGGGCUCACCGGUGCCAGGGAGCUCCUGCGGCUCUCGUGAAUCUGUCCCCGUUGGAUUUGGGGUGAAAAAGGGCAAAAACGGGCCGAUCGCUGGCGGUGAGCGGCCGGGGGAGUUAAGCGGCGCGAGGAUUGCGUUUUGGGGCGCCGCCAUGGAGGGCGGGGAGGAGCCGCGGGGUCCCCGGCGGGACGGGGCCGUCCCCAGCGAGCCCCGCGCAGCACCACCAACGCCCCCCGGCGACCACCCCCGCGGCUUCAUCAACCUCCUGGGCCUCCUGGAGACCGCCGACCGCCCCUCCAAACCCUACCGCUGCACCGAGUGCGGGAGGACCUUCGGCCAGAGCUCCAACCUCCUGGAGCACCAGCGCACCCACACGGGCGAGAGGCCCUUCUCCUGCCCCCAGUGCCCCAAGAGCUUCGGCAGGAGCUCCACCUUGGCCGAGCACCUCCGCACCCACACCGGCGAGAAGCCCUACGCCUGUCCCACCUGCGCCCGGACCUUCAGCCGCAGCUCCACCUUGACCGAGCACCGGCGCACCCACACCGGCGAGACCCCCUUCUCCUGCCCGGAGUGCGGGAGGACCUUCGGGAGGACCUCCAACCUGGUCAAGCACCUCCGCACCCACACCGGCGAGAAGCCCUACGGCUGCGGCCGCUGCGGCAAGACCUUCAGCCUCAGCUCCAACCUGGUCAAGCACGAGAGGACCCACACGGGCGAGAAGCCCUUCUCCUGCCCGCAGUGCCCCAAGCGCUUCAAGAAGAAGACCCACCUGGCCUCCCACCAGCGCACCCACACCGGCGAGCGGCCCUACCGCUGCGGCGAGUGCGGCAAGGCCUUCGGCCAGAGCUCCACCCUCAUCGAGCACCAGCGCACCCACACCGGCGAGCGCCCCUUCCGCUGCGGCGCCUGCGGCAAGAGCUUCUGCGUCUCCUCCAACCUGGUCAAGCACCGGCGCAUCCACACCGGCGAGAAGCCCUACGGCUGCGGCCGCUGCGGCAAGCGCUUCCGCUACAAGCCCCAGUUCACCCGGCACCUCAAGGGGCACCCCGAGGAGGAGGACCCGGCUUGCGGGCCCUAGGAGGUGGGCCACCGGGGGCCACCGGGUGGUCCGACGUCGCAGCGUUCGUCUAAGAACCCAAGGAACGUCAUGGUGUCGUGGCAUGGUGGCCACCAAACCGUGGUAGAACCUCAGAUGUUGAGCCUGGAGACACGUGGAGGUCGAAUAUGGACUUGGGAGGUCAGGGUGGGUCCCAGCACCUCAACGGGGUGGUCCACUGUCAUGGCUUCCAUCUUAGGACCCAAGGAACAUCAUGGAGUUGUGGUAUGGUGGCCACCAAACCGUGGCAGAACCUCAAAUGUUGUCUCUAGAGGUUGGUGAUGGACUUGGGAGGUCAGGAUGGAUCCUAGCACCUCAGAUGGGUGGUCCACCAUCAUGGCAUUCAUCUAAGAACCCAAGGAACGCUCUUGGUGUUGUGGUAUGGUGGCCACCAAACCGUGGUAGAACCUCAAAUGUUGUCUCUAGAGGUUGGUGAUGGACUUGGGAGGUCAGGAUGGAUCCCAGCACCUCAGAUGGGUGGUCCACCAUCAUGGCAUUCAUCUAAGAACCCAAGGAACGCUCUUGGUGUUGUGGUAUGGUGGCCACCAAACCGUGGUAGAACCUCAAAUGUUGAGCCUGGAGACACGUGGAGGUCGAAUAUGGACUUGGGAGGUCAGGGUGGGUCCCAGCACCUCAACGGGGUGGUCCACUGUCAUGGCUUCCAUCUUAGGACCCAAGGAACAUCAUGGAGUUGUGGUAUGGUGGCCACCAAACCGUGGCAGAACCUCAAAUGUUGUCUCUAGAGGUUGGUGAUGGACUUGGGAGGUCAGGACGGAUCCCAGCACCUCAGAUGGGUGGUCCACCAUCAUGGCAUUCAUCUAAGAACCCAAGGAACGCUCUUGGUGUUGUGGUAUGGUGGCCACCAAACCGUGGUAGAACCUCAAAUGUUGACCCUGGAGACACGUGGAGGUCGAAUAUGGACUUGGGAGGUCGGGAUGGGUGCCAAAACCUCAACAGGGUGGUCAACCGCCAUGGGUUCCAUCUUAGAACCCAAGGAAUGCUCUUGGUGUCGUAGUAUGGUGGCCACCAAACCAUGGUAGAACCUUGAAUGUUGACUAUUUGAACCACCUUGAGGUGGAUUAUGGACUCGGGAGGUCAGGAUGGGUCCCAGGACCUCAACGGGGUGGUCCACCAUGAUGGCGUUCAUCUAAAAACCCAAGGAACGCUCGUGGUGUUGUGGUGUGGUGGCCACCAAACCAUGGUAGAGCCUCAAAUGUUGACCCUUCGAGCCAUCUCUAGGUGGAUGAUGGACUUGGGAGGUCGGGAUGGGUGCUGGGACCUCAACAGGAUGGUCCACCAUCAUGGUGUCCGUCUUAGAACCUAAGGAAGGAUCAUGGUGUCAUGGCUUGGUGGCCACCAAACCAUGGUAGAACCUCAAGUGUGGCUCCUGGGGACACCAGGAGAUGCCUUGGGGACCCCUGGAGACACCGUGGGGACACCUGGAGCCACCAUGGGGCCACCAGGAGACACCGUGGGGACAUCUGGAGACACCUGGAGAUGCCAUGGGGACACCAGGAGACACCAUGGGGACACCUGGAGAUGCCAUGGGGACAUCUGGGGCCACCAGGAGGCACCAUGAGGCCACCAGGAGCCACCGUGGGGACAUCUGGGGACAGACGAAGCCACCGUGGGGACACCUGAAGACACCAUGGGACCACCACGAGGACAUCUGGGGCCACCCUGGGGACAUCUGGGGGGGGGGGGGCGUCGCCGUGCUUGGGCCUCUGCGGCAGCAAUAAAGGGGCUGG